AUGGUGGUGGUGGUGGUGAUGAUGAUGAUGAUGAUGUUUUAUAUCACCACGAUGAAAUUGAAAGACGUUCAAAGGCUGUGUUUGGUCUUUUCUUCAGGCUACGAAGGGACAGGCUCGGUCCUAAUGUCUCCGGUCCCGCAUCAAAUCCUGCCCUACAUGAACGUGGGCACCUUGUCCCGGACUGAGCUGCAGCUUCUGAACCAGCUCCACUGUCGGCGGAAAAGGAGACACCGCACCAUCUUCACAGACGAACAACUGGAGGCGCUGGAAAACUUGUUCCAGGAAACCAAAUACCCCGAUGUGGGCACCAGGGAACAGCUGGCCAGAAGGGUACAUUUACGGGAGGAAAAAGUGGAGGUUUGGUUCAAGAACCGCCGGGCAAAAUGGCGGCGGCAAAAGAGAUCUUCUUCAGAGGAGUCAGAAAAUGCUCAAAAAUGGAAUAAAACUUCCAAGACAUCCCCAGAGAAGCAACAAGAAGAAAGCAAAAGCGAUUUGGACUCCGACAGCUGAUGUAUUUGACACUCACAGACGUGCCCAGAGAAGUUGCCGGUGGGGCUGGACUAGAUUUCUCUGGGCCACUUGCACGAGGAGAUGCUCGCAGCUCUUGCACAGACUCUGCCUUUGUGGGGAGAGGGAGGAGGGACCAUAGAUCUAUCUGUAUAUAAUGUACACAAUUGCUCGGAGUCAACACUUUGAA